AGGAAUCUAUGCCUGAUGAUGAGUCAUAUGAAUUGGUUGUUGGUAUGCUGUUUUUGACAGACCAGAUUGAUGCUGCCUUGAGAUAUGUUGAUUUGACUUUGAAAUCUGGUUAUAUGUUAUCAAUGAGGGUUUUUGCUGAGUGUGUGAGAAGUUGUGUUAACAAAGGCAGGCUGGAUGCUUUGGUGUCUAUUAUAGAGAGGUGCAAGACAAUGGAUCAGAAUAAAGCUCUUUCUCCCUCCUAGAACAUGUGCAUCUUCAUUGCAGAUAUUGCAAUGCAAGAGGAUAAUAGCAAGUUAGCUUUUUAUGCCCUGGAAUUCAUGGCCAGAUGGAUUGCUCGGGGUGAGAAUGCAAGGGGUCCUGUUCUACUCUCUGUGGAUGAGGGGCUUGUUGUAUCAGCACUUGGAACUGCUGGUAGGACUUACAGUUCUACUCUUCUAGAUGCAUCAUGGGUGAUCCUACGACGAUCAUUGCAUCAAAAGAAGGCACCUCAACCAGAAUCUUAUCUUGCAAAAAUAUAUGCCGAUGCAGCAUUGGGGAAUUUGCAGAGAGCAUUUAGCACUCUGCAUGAGUUUGAAACCGCUUAUAGGAACUCCCCCACAGAAGCAAAAGAGGAUAUAUUCUCACCUUUUACAUCUUUACAUCCUUUGGUAAUGGCAAGCUCCAAGAAGGCUUUUGAAACUUUGGACACAGUUUGUCUUCUUAUCUGUAAAAGUUUCUGUUCUCACAAUUCAUUUACUAUAGUUGGUUGAUUUUCCAUAAAGUGAUACUGAAAUCUGAUUAGGGUGUAGUUUAUUUUUACUUUUAUUGUUUUUAGUCGUUUAGGUUCAAUUUAGAUCGCGAAAAGUAGCAGGGAAACUCAAUUGGGAGAAAAAAUG